GUAUUUACAAAUGUACAUUUACUCAUAAGAAGUUGGGAAUAACCAAAGAACAGCUUGCAGGAAAAGUAUUGCCCCAUCUGAUUCCUCUUAGUAUUGAGAACAAUCUUAAUCUCAAUCAGUUCAAUUCUUUUAUUUGUGUUAUAAAAGAUAUGCUUAGUAGAUUGGAAGCAGAGCAUAAAACGAAACUUGAGCAACUUCAUGUCAUGCAAGAGCAACAGAAAUCUUUGGAUAUAGCUAACCAAAUGAGCGUGUCUGAAGAGGCAAGAUCUAGUAGUACAAGUAAUCAGAUUGACAAGGUAUUUAAUACUAGUGGAACUGACCUCCUAACUAGUGGAUCUGAUAGUAAAGAGAAUGAGAUGUCAUCAAAACAGAAAAAGGCAUCACUUACACUUGAAGAGAAGCAAAAGUUAGCCAAAGAACAAGAACAGGCGCAGAAACUGAAAAGCCAGCCACCUCUUAAGCCACAAGCAACUGCAAUCACACCUCCAGUGAAGCAGACAAAAGACUUGACAGAUACCUUGAUAGAUAAUAUGUCAUCUUUGACUAGCCAUUCUAUCAACAAAGCUAAAGUUGCAUCUUCAAACAACUUCUCUUCUGUCCCUUCUAUGGGUGUUGGAAUGGGAUUUUCACCACCUGUUGACAACACAAAGAGAAACAUGACAAACGGACUAAAUACUAAUAUGGGUUUUCAGACUGCUGGAUUCAGUAUGGGAGCUGGUCCCACCGCUCAGAAUUUCUUCAGUGGUCCAAGUGCAACAGGAACAACCAAGAUGAACAUUGUACCAACUGCCAAUAUGCCAAAUUACAGUCCUAUGAAUGCUGCGUCUGCAAUCUCUCCACUGACACAACAAAACAGACCCCCAGAUAUGUCUGCUUUAGAUAAUCUUUUUGGUCCUCAAAAACCCAAAGUUAGCAUGAAACAGUUGGCUCAACAGAAAUCAAGCCAGUGGGUUAAUCAGUUCGUACCCCCGCAAGGGUCCCCAAGUGCGAGUGGUUCAGUCUUGGGACCUCAGAUGAACAUGAUAGCACAGCCUGGCUUUGGUAUACAGGGUAACCCUUUCUUUGCUCCUCAGAACUUUGCACAACCAGCAAACACAAUGACAAACAGCAGCUCAGCUAGUAAUGACUUAAAAGAUCUUUUUGGGUAAAAUGUUUUGUUCUCUUCUUUCAAAGAUCGAUGAAAUUUGGAUCAUGGGUAAGCUGAUUAACAUCUUUUUUUUGAUUAGAAAAAGCAUGACUUGGGGAAACUUUCAGCCCAGCAGAAUAAAGACUUUUGCACUGGAAAACAGACUGGUGGUGCAUUCACAUGGUACUGCAGUGGAAUUGCAUAAGUGCAAAGUCACCUUACAUGCUAAAGAUUUCCUGUCUCUUUACCAAACGUCAGAGCGCUGAAGGUAGGAUGCAUAUAUUAAAUCAAAAAAGAAGUUAAGUAUUUCAAAAUUAUUCAGAAGUAUACUCAAUCA